CUACUCCAUGAAUUGUUUGUUAUGUCUGACAUUCGCAUUAUGUUUUUCUAAAUGCAUUAUAAUUUCAUAAAACAUAUUUGGGUCAUCAAGAAUUGGAGGACAUUUUCAUCAAUGAAAUAUAAAAUAAUCCAUGCCCAAAAUGCUAAAACAUGAACUUGUUUUGCUAGAUAAACUUGUAGACAUCUAAAAUAUCAAAUACACCAAACAAAAUGGCGUUUUUCUCUUGACCCUCCUUGGUGACCAAAUUGCAUAUUUAUUGUCAAAUACGACAUUUAAAUAAAAUUAUUGGAUUAUAAAUAUUGAUGCAUUUAUGUGCUCUCAUAUACCCACUGUACCUCCGCCCCGGUAGGUGGCAGCACACAGUGAGGAAGAGGAGAGGAAGAGGCGAGCUUUCACCGCAUAUGAACGAUAUGAACCGCACAACACAACAGCGCCACUUUUGAGCGCUCGUCCACAUCUCUAACAAUAACAUAAGUUGUCAGACAGUAUUCAAGAACAAACGAGGGAGCAGUGCCACAAAGACAGAGCCUUCAGGUAUAUGUGGAAGGUCCAAGAUGGUUCAAGACAGUGCUCAUAUUCGGGGGCGGGGGGGCCAGGACUUUUUGGCCUACUAUGACUCUGCCUGUGCCAGACAGGAGUCAGUCCCUCUCCCUGCUGUCAAAAUGAACCUGGGCAAAGGAAUACUGGACUUUAAUGGAGACCGGGUCAGACUCACUGACUGGCCCCCGAUUUUAAACUCUAUUUGCAUCAACAAACACUUACAUCACAUUGCAAUAAGUAGCACAUACCAAGCUAGUCUGGCUUCUGGAGAUGCAGACAAAAGGUUCUAUAAGUCUUGUCUCAGGAAGAGGAUCCCAGCCUUUCGCUCUAAGGACAUGACAUUUAAACUGUGCAAGGCCCUGAGAGAGUGUCUGACUGUCUCUCCUAACCUGAAGACUCUGCAGCUUAAUGGACUUCCGCUGAGAGAAAGGGACCUCAUUACAUUGACAAAGGGUUUUGCAAAAAGUGUUUCUUUGGAAAACCUAUCUCUGGCUAACUGUCCAAUCUCUGACAAAGGCUUAGAGGUUAUUUGCCAAAGUGUGAAGUAUUCUACAAGCAUCAGGACGGUAGACUUUACAGGAUGUAAUCUCACCUGGAGAGGGGCAGAGCAUAUGGCCAACAUCAUCAAGCAUCAGGGAAUGCAGAGGCAUGGUACUGCAUGGGCAGAGUCUCUGAGGUAUCGUCAUCCUCAGUUUGAGGGUAUGGGAGGUCUGCGCCGUGUCACACUGAACUGUAACACCUUGAUCGGGGACCGGGGCGCUGCUGCUCUUGCUCAUGAACUGGCAGAGGACCUCUGGGUUAAAGCUGUUGACCUACAGAGGUGUGGUCUGUCCAACGAAGGGGCUCGCCGUUUGCUGGAAGCCUUGAAAACAAAUUCUGCCCUUUGUGUGCUGGACAUCCGUAGCAACCCUUUAAUUGACAAGGUUCUAAUUAAAACAGUUCUAGAGAAAGUACUGAUGAAUGCUGACGGACAGUCUUCAGAGUACUGCUGGAUCAAGCCUGCAGCCUCAGAGCCACAGACAGUGUCUGCUCCAAAGAGGAGAGCUGUACCCGGCACAGCCAGGGGGAAAACUACAUUUAGGAUAGCCCCUCGUAAAGGACCAUCUCCCAGAGGACGGAGUUCAGACGCUGCUCCGACCCAGAAGCCUUAUUCCCGCUCCGAGUGUGUACCUUGGCGAGCUGCUGCACGAGCUGAACGCCAGAGAGGUUUUCCUCCUGGAGUUUGUGUGAUGGAUCAAAGCUUUGAGGGUGCAGCUACCGUGAAGGUUACUAUGGAGACGGAUUCAGAGGCAGAUGACUAUGAGGAAGUGGAAGAUGAAGAAGUAGUCGUGGAAGUGGAGCAGAGACCAUCUUCUCCUCAUCUCCAGGACAGGAUCACUGAGCGGAAGUUUAACCAUUUACAGAUGGAGCUAAAAGAGUGUCGUCUGAGGCUGGCAGAGGAGCGCAGAGCCAGACUGAGAGCCGAGUCAAGGCUCAUGGAGUACGAGUUGGACAAUGCCCGUCUCCGUGACAACAACCUCUCCCUCUCGGAGGCGCUGGCUGCCACCGGCUCUGCUUCAGCUCCAGCGGCCCUCAGUGCUCUGGAAGAUGAGGCCGUCCUGGAGAGCAUGGAGAGCUCAUUCACAAAGUUCCAUGCCUUCCUGGAUCUCCUCAAGGAUGCUGGUCUCGGCCAAUUAGCCUCAAUGGCUGGAAUUGACAAGUCAGACUUCCAUCCUCCGGGGAGACCUCAGCUCUCCUCUACUUUAGGACGAGGGGAGUAUGGGGACGGUCGGAAGAAGACUGAUGCUCCCUCUUUGGUAGACGUACGCAUCUCGCCCGCUCCUCAUGUCAGACUGCCUGACCGCACGGUGCCCAGAUCGCCACCCUCUGUCAGGGAGUUUUUGCGUGAAGACAGGCUACGAGAUGUGCUGACCUCCCAUCAUGCCUCUGGACCUGCAGGAGACCCUUGUGUCGGAGGGGAAGAGGAACCAGAUCAUUUUUCAAAGCCUGACACCCAGCAGGACUCAGGUUCUGAGCACAGUUUCCGUAGCCAAAAAUCCUUCGAUAAGGUUUCCUUUGGCAAAACCUUUCAGUCAGGCCAUCCUAAGAGCAACAGCAACUCUCCCAGAAUCAGCGGCUCCCAUAGAUACAGCUAUGCACACAGUCACUCUCUCCAUAGCAACGGCUCUCAUGGUGGGCUGUCCGUAAGAUCAAGUGUUAGUGACAUUAUCAGUGAAAAGGCAGAUGAGGGGUCAGCGAGGUCGGGUAGAAGGGGGGAGGGGAGGCUAGUGUCAGCAGGUGAGUCGGGGUCAGAGGGGAAGGUCCGGGCUCUGGGCCGCCUGGGGGGGAGUUCAGACAAUGACUCUUUCUGACCCACUCAUUCUGUUACUUAUUUAUGAUGUAGAAAUACUUCACAUAUUUUUUGUUUUUAAUCUUUGGAAGAAGCAAGACCAGAGUUUGUACAUCUUCAAUCAGUUCUGCAAGUCAAUUAAACAUCUUGUUGCAUUCUAGCCAAAGCACAGUUUGUUGAAUAUCCUACCAAAUUAAAAUGUGUUAUUAAUUGAGAUGCAUAUUAAAAAAAAAAAAAUCCAAUGAAUGGUUAGUAAACUGAUUUGGUGGUAUCUACAAUUAAAAAAGUUCAUUCAACAAAAUGUGGGAGAAAAUAUUUGGGUUUUCUAAAUUAAAUCAAGUCACGAGUCGUUUUUGCAUAUCAAGUACCUCUUAAUGUCAUUCAUGUGGGAACCCAUCAAAACUCAGAGGAAAAUCAUCUUAAAAUGCCAAUUCAUGGGAGCUUUCAGUAAAUUAAUGUGUACUAUUACUUUUUUAUGGCUAAUUUAGAACAUAUCUUUUAGAGAUUUUUGAUAGAUAUUUAAUAAUAAAAAAGUCUUCUUAUCAAUUGUUAGGAUAUUUUGCUCUUCCCUAAAAUUGAAAAUGUUGAAUAAACAUAUUUCAAAUGUGUUUUUAAGCUUCUUAAUUGAAUAACAAACUAUUUCUGUCACUAGAAAGAGGGAAAUGUGUGGAAUGCACCAUUACACUGCAUAAUGUACCUGAUAUUGCCCCAAAUUACCUGUGAAUGUCACAUCUUGAAGAUUUUUAAAUAUGCCCUAAAAUACCUUGUUUAUGCCAUAAACAUGUUAAAACAUUUGGACUAAUAUUUCUUGAUGCAGAACAUGCAUCAAGAAUGUUCUUGGUAGUAACUUUCCUCGGACACCUACCUGCUAAUUAUGUUCUGAUAUUUUCCAGACUGGUAUAGAGGUUUGUAGUAAGAAUAUAGUUUUGGAUGAAAAUGUAUUCGUCAUUUGUUACCUCAGUCUCUCAGUUUCAUGGGCACUUGAGUGCACAUCAGCCAGGGUUGGACUAUGUUGUCCGUGGACAAUGUGUGGCGGUAGUCAGUGAUGUUUAAUGGCAUGAUAAGAAACAACUACUCAGUUAUUGGACAGUUGCUAUCACAAGUCACUUUUGACUGACCUAUUAUUGCUGUAGCAGUUUCCCCAAAAGUCAGAUAAGAGUAUGGUUGUGGAAUUUAGGUUAGGCAUUUGUGCAACAAAUCAUAGUCCUAUACAUUUUGAAAAAAGCCCACACUUUUCUCCAUUUAAAUCCAUAAACAAAAAGCACCACUGCUGAAUUUUGCUGUGCCAGCCUGGCUUGGCCUGCUAUGACCACUAUAGCCUAUGUUCACUAAUGUCUUAAAUGCAACCUUAUAGUGGCCUAUAAAGAAAAUUGCUAUUUCAGUUUGUUUUGAUGACCCUUCUCAAUUUGUAUUUCUGUUUCACAAAAUCUAUUAAUAACAGGAACAAGGAAUAUUACAGAGUCAGACUGGAAGCGAAGUUAGCUUUAUAACAAAAGUAAAAGCAUGAUGACCAAACCGAACAUAUGAGCUGCUGGACAGGAGCCAACACUGAGUCACUGGGUGCUGAAACCCCAGCGUGUGGUAUGUUCUCUGCAUUGUAGCAUCAAGUGAAGUUCCUCCUUUACAUUUCUUGAACCUUGUGUGAGUAAUAAAUGACUCUUGACACUUUUA